GAUGUUGCGGGGUGGCCGCGGUGAUGUUGUGUCCUGCCGCCCGCUUGGCCGCGCGCUCCUCUCGGCUCUUCACUCAAAGCGAGCGGCGCCCGCAGCCGAGGCCUGUCCUGCCGGUGCCUCCCUCCAGCCUCUGAGCCUCACUGCCGCCCGGGCCGACACCAGCAGCGCCGCCGCGGGCCAUGGUUUUCCUGAAACUCCGGGACCAGCCACCACUGGUUCAAGCUAUUUUUAAUGGAGAUCCAGAUGAAGUCCGAUCCCUAAUUUUCAAGAAAGAAGAUGUUAAUGUACAGGAUGCCGAGAAGAGAACCCCUUUACAUGCUGCUGCAUAUCUGGGAGAUGCUGAAAUUAUUGAACUCCUUAUUUUAUCAGGAGCCAGAGUUAAUGCCAAAGACAACAAAUGGUUGACUCCUCUGCACCGUGCUGUAGCCUCCUGCAGUGAGGAUGCAGUUCAGGUGCUUUUAAAGCAUUCAGCUGAUGUGAAUGCUCGUGACAAAAACUGGCAGACUCCCUUACACAUAGCUGCCGCAAACAAGGCGGUGAAGUGUGCCGAAGCUCUGGUUCCUCUGUUGAGUAAUGUAAAUGUCUCUGACCGAGCAGGGAGAACUGCUUUACACCAUGCUGCCUUCAGUGGACACGUAGAGAUGGUUAGCUUGCUUCUGUCCAGGGGUGCCAACAUCAAUGCCUUUGAUAAGAAAGACCGGCGUGCUAUUCACUGGGCUGCAUACAUGGGUCACAUUGAAGUGAUUAAGCUGUUAGUAGCACAUGGAGCUGAAGUGACGUGCAAGGACAAGAAAGCUUAUACGCCACUUCAUGCUGCAGCUUCCAGUGGAAUGAUCAGCGUAGUCAAAUACCUCCUAGAUCUUGGAGUUGAUAUUAAUGAACCAAAUGCAUAUGGGAACACACCUCUUCAUGUGGCUUGCUACAAUGGCCAGGAUGUAGUUGUGAAUGAACUCAUUGAUAGUGGUGCAAAUGUCAACCAAGUGAAUGAGAAGGGCUUCACUCCACUCCAUUUUGCUGCUGCUUCAACACACGGUGCACUGUGUUUAGAACUCUUGGUCAGUAAUGGGGCAGAAGUGAACAUUAAGAGUAAAGACGGGAAGACUCCAUUGCACAUGACAGCAAUUCACGGCCGAUUCUCAAGGUCACAGACCAUCAUCCAAAAUGGUGCAGAGAUCGAUUGUGAAGAUAAGAAUGGCAAUACUCCCUUGCACAUAGCUGCUCGGUAUGGACAUGAGCUGCUUAUAAAUACACUAAUCACCAGCGGAGCUGACACUGCAAAACGGGGUAUCCAUGGGAUGUUUCCACUUCACUUAGCAGCAUUAAGUGGCUUCUCAGAUUGCUGUCGGAAGCUGUUGUCCUCAGGCUUUGAUAUAGACACCCCAGAUGAAUUUGGCAGGACCUGCCUUCAUGCGGCUGCUGCUGGAGGAAAUUUGGAAUGCCUAAAUCUGUUGCUUAACAGUGGAGCUGAUUUCAACAAAAAGGAUACGUUUGGAAGAACCCCACUGCAUUAUGCUGCUGCCAAUUGCAACUACCAGUGCCUGUUUGCUCUUGUGGGAUCUGGAGCCAGUGUAAAUGACCUUGAUGAAAGAGGUUGCACACCACUUCACUAUGCAGCAGCAUCAGACACAGACGGAAAGUGCCUGGAGUAUCUCCUCCGAAAUGAUGCAAAUCCUGGGAUUCGCGAUAAACAGGGCUAUAAUGCAGUGCAUUAUGCAGCUGCCUAUGGACAUCGUUUAUGUCUUGAACUUAUUGCAAAUGAAACUCCUCUAGAUGUAUUGAUGGAAACUUCAGGUACAGACAUGCUGAAUGAUUCCGAUAACAGAGCACCUGUUAGUCCUUUGCACUUGGCUGCUUACCAUGGUCAUCACCAGGCUCUGGAGGUCCUAGUUCAGUCUCUCUUAGACCUGGAUGUGAGAAAUAACAAUGGCCGCACAGCUUUGGACCUAGCAGCCUUUAAAGGACAUGUGGAGUGUGUGGAUGUAUUAAUCAAUCAGGGAGCGUCCAUUCUCGUUAAAGAUUAUGUAACUAAAAGAACCCCAAUUCACGCUGCAGCAACAAAUGGGCACUCCGAGUGCCUACGGCUCCUCAUAGGUAACACUGAUCUCUACACAGCUGUAGACAUUCAAGAUGGAAAUGGACAAACUCCACUGAUGCUAUCCGUUUUGAAUGGACAUACAGACUGUGUGUAUUCACUUCUGAAUAAAGGAUCAAACGCAGAUGCCAAAGACAAAUGGGGGAGAACUGCAUUACACCGAGGGGCAGUAACUGGUCAUGAAGAAUGUGUGGAAGCUUUACUUCAACACAACGCUAACGUCUUAAUUCAGGACUGCAAGGGACGCACAUCUCUUCAUUUGGCAGCAUCUUGUGGACAUGUAGGAGUACUUGGAGCAUUACUUCAAGCAGCAUCCUCAAUGGAUAUCACUCCUACAACUGCAGACAAUCAUGGCUACACACCGCUACACUGGGCUUGUUAUAAUGGUCAUGAUACUUGUGUAGAACUUCUGCUGGAACAGGAGAUUUUUCAGAAACUGGAAGGCAAUGCAUUUAGUCCUUUACACUGUGCUGUAAUAAAUGACAAUGAAGGGUCUGCAGAAAUGUUAAUAGAUGUUCUAGGUGCUAACAUUGUAAACUCUACAGAUGGAAAGGGAAGAGCUCCUCUUCAUGCAGCAGCUUUCACAGAUCAUGUUGAAUGUUUACAGCUUCUACUCAGCCACAAUGCUCAAGUGAAUGCUGUAGAUUCUGCUGGGAAAACGCCCUUAAUGAUGGCGGCAGAGAAUGGGCAGACUAAUGCUGUUGAGGUGUUAGUCAGCAGUGCAAAAGCAGACCUGACCCUACAGGAUGUGAACAAAAACACAGCCCUCCAUUUGGGUUGUAGCAAGAGCUUGAGAAUUGUCCUAAACAGGGCUCUUAAGAAGCCAGUGUGGCAGGCACAAAAAAGGGAGAUUUCAGCCCAAGAUUUAAAAGAUCCAGGCAGGGGCCAUGAAACUAGUGCCUUGUUAAUACUGGAGAAGAUUGCUGACCGGAACCUCAUUAAUGCAACAAAUACUUCUUUGCAAACACCGUUGCAUGUUGCUGCACGCAAUGGACUGACUGUGGUUGUGCAAGAGCUGUUGAGCAAAGGAGCCAGCGUACUUGCUGUAGAUGAAAAUGGUUACACGCCUGCUUUGGCCUGUGCUCCGAAUAAAGAUGUGGCGGACUGCCUAGCCCUCAUUCUGGCCACUAUGAUGCCUGUUUCAUCCAGCGGCACUUUACCUACUCUCAGUUUUAACGCCAUUAAUCAUUACAGCAAUCCUUCGAAGACUGUUUGCUUUGAGUCUCUACCAAUUAUGAGAAGUGAUCACAGUUCUUUCUGCAGUUUGAACAAUAUAGGCAGGGAAGAUGGUUACCCUUAUGCUGAAGACGAUGAUCUAAAUGACUCUGAUUCAGAGACCUAUUGAAUACACCGACUUGAACGUUUGUGCUGAGAGCCCUUGCUGCAAGCCCAUGGUGGAUGGGUUGUUUUGAAAAUGAGCGCCUUUUAAAUUCUCUGGGCCACUUGGAGCAGUUGCAUUGUAGAUUUAAAGUUGAUCAAAUUAUCAAAAAUAGAAGAUACAGAAAAUGCAGGCAUAAGGAAUCCAAUACAAAAAUUACAUUUGUAUAUCGCCUUUCACAUCGGGAGGACAUCCCAAGGCGCUGAAUAAGAAAGCAGGAAGCUCAAAAGUUUAUAAACAAUGUAGGAAACUACUGCAAAGUCAAUGGAUGCCAAUGUAAUGUUACUUUAAUGCUCUUUUAUUUUCUGUGCCAGGAUUCCUUUCAACAGUGCACACUGUUGAGUGUUGAAUCUGAAGACUACGAUGCUGGGUGGAAUAGCAGUCCUUAAAAUAAAUGGAGACAGGCAACCAAAUAUUCCUAAAUAGAAAGGGGAAUUAAUGAAUUUAAUGGGGAAAGUGAUAUAACACAAUUGGGAUAUAAUGUCACUCACGUGCACACUUAUUUGCCAAAGGGACCAAACUGGUUUUUUAAAAAAAUCUUAUGUACAAAGUGAAAUAAUUUAGAGAGCUGGAAUAAAAGAUCUCUCAAGCUGUGCAACUUUAAAAACGUUGAUUUAACAGUAUUAAAGUGAAAUUCUUCAGAGAUAUUUUAAUGUACAUUUGUUGAUCUCUCUGUCUAAUUGGUUCUAAAUGUCUCAAGUGGAAUGGUGAGGGAAAGAAAUUUGAGCCUAUGUUUGAGCCAAUGUGAAUGCCCUUUUCCUACUUUUCUAGUUUAACCUAAGAUCAAUGAAAAUGGUACAGUCAAAGUGAUGGAUAAUUAAAAUGUACAAUAAAUCGUAUUGUGGAGGAAUUCCCAUUCUAUCUGCAGUUUUUCAAACCUUA